UCCCAAGUCUACUUCCCAUCAGCACCCCCUGUGUCGAUUCUGAUCAUGCAUCUACUCACCACCUGACCUGUUGGUCUUGCUUCAACAGCAGCAACAGCAACCACGCCUCCCAUCUCUGCCGCCUCCGUUCCCUCCACCACCUUUCCCACCGCUCAAAUUCGGAUCCGUCGCAGCAGAGGAACCAGUCCCUUCGUCAUUGACGGUGGAGAGUUUUGCUUUCCUAGCAGAUUUGGAAACGAGCAAGGUAGAUAUGAAUGCAAUGAUUAAGACCAGCUUGAUGGUGGGAAGCACGAUGACUAGUACGACUGCUGCUGUUCUCAUUGUGUAGAGCAGAUGAGAAAUCUCGGGAUGUUCUUUCGGCCUCCUGCAGGUACGGGCAGCGCUGUAGGAAGAUGUGAUUUGAUGAGGCACGGUCGUUGUCGAGAUUCGAUUUGGAGCUUGGUACAUAUAACAACCUUACUUGAGAGGAGGAUAUCCUGCAUGUGUUUUCCACGGAUAGCAUGGUUUGGUAGACACGUGGAGUCUGAGCUAGCUGUGGUAUGCGAAGCGAAGGAACUGGGCAUUAUCUCUUGUACGACGUGUAGUCCAACCUUCUUCAGCCCUAACAUCAUCACUCUUCAAACCCGAUUCGGGAACCCACAACACAUUUCUCGUGGGUUUGUGGCGACUGCAGCUGAGUGUUUGUGUACAUUCCACGAUUUUGUGUUUCUCGCUUCAUGUGAGCUAUGUUGUCCCCACCAGGUGAGGUCGGGGCACCUGCCCAUUUCGCAUUUCCGCAGUGCGUGCCUUGUGCUAUCUUGGUCCGGACACUGUGAUCCUCAAGUGGAAUUGUCAGCUUGCGAUAACGUAUAACGAUAUAUAUGUAUGGGAAAGGUAGACGGGCAGUAGUUGGACAAUGUCAAGAGCAAGGUCGUGGCCCCAAGCCUACAACCAAUCACAGUACAGGCAAUGCUGC